UGUGCUUUGUUCUUUUAAAAUCAAUUAUAUAAUCGCGUUAAGGUUGGGUUAUGCAGUUUUAAUUAAAGAUGAUGGUCAACUAAGGAUGGUGUUUCUAAUAUUACGCGAUUAUUUUUUCAUUAUCUCCGAUAUACACACGCGAUAGAGGGUAACAACGGAGUUAAAACUGCUGUACUCAGGGACUUUAAAUAUACUAAAGGACUGUACUAUAUUGGUACGCAAACUACUUAAAGAGGCACCCUUAGUAACCACUUAAUAACUCCGAGUGUGGAUGUUAACACUUAUAAAGUAGACUGCAAAUUUCAGUUAUUCUGAUAAAAUUCGAAUUUAAGCACGCGAUUCAGUACAUCUCCCAGAGUGAACCGUUUUAUGACCAUUUCCUAUCUGCAAAUAGAAACACAUAUAGGUCCUGGGUUAAUCCUGCUAUGGACCAAUAUGAUUUUCGAUUUUUCGGAGUUCCUAUGUCCCUAAUUUACCCGACGUUCUUACGUCGAAGAAAAACGUCGUGAUGCAAGCUGCACAUAUCGGAAUAGAAAUUCAGAGAAUUGUGUGAAUUAAAUUGUUUGAGCCGUCACCGGAGGAUGAAAAGAGUCCUUCACCGUAUGGAAACAUCAUGGCGUUUAAAUAUUUGGUUAUAAUUAUAGCAUUUGCUAGUAUAGAAAUUAAUCUAACAGAGAGUCGACAAAGCGAUAAAAGAAGAUGGAAAACGGAUAAAAGUUUAUAUUCACAUUACGUUAAUAUUUGUGAUAUACAAGACAGAGUAUCAAAAGUACAUUGCUACUGUGAAAACAUUAAAUUAAAGACAGCUACUAAAGCAGAUUGUUGGGUUUUCAACGGAGGUAUCGCAGAAGAUGAUCCAUUCUGGUCAAACUUUUACUCACAACCAAUGAUUGAGAAGUUAAGUUUCAACGUAAGAGCAGACGGUGGUUUAACCUACAUUCCAGCUAAGAUCAUUGUUAGAUUGGAGAGGUUACAAAAUCUAAACAUACAAUACGCAAAUAUUCCAAAUAUACCAUCCUUCGCUUUCACGAACUCGACUUCGCUCCGAGAUAUUAUGUUACCAAAGAAUAAAAUCUUUAAACUAGAAAGAAUGUCCUUUGCACAUCUCAUUAUGCUCUCUAAUGUAAGCUUGACAGAGAAUCAAAUAAGUGAACUGCAAAGGGAUACAUUUUACGACCUCCCGAAUCUCCAAAGAUUACAUGUAGCGAAAAAUAAGAUAGAAGUUAUACACGAAGGUUGUUUCAAGCAUUUGAAUAAUCUUAUAAAACUUGAUCUUAGUAGCAACCUGUUGGCUGUCGUAGUUAGAGAAAACUUUGAGGGACCUUCGAAUUUAAUGAAUUUAGAUAUGAGAAAUAACAAAUUAAUGAUGAUCGGCGACUUAGCGUUUACAGAACUUUGGAGUCUCCAGGAGUUAUAUCUUGACAGCAAUGAAAUAGAAUUUAUUUCUGAGAGAGGUUUCGGAGGAUUGACCCAAUUGCGAAAACUUUCUAUCGCUGAUAAUAAGUUGGCAAGUUUAGAUGGUAACGUAUUCAACGAUAUUCAAAAGUUGUAUGUUUUGGACCUAAGAAAUAAUUAUUUGGAAUACUUUAAAGAAGAAACUUUGUUAAAUUUAAUGGACAAUUUUAAAUCGAAUUAUGCUUUGAUAGCUUUAAAUGGUAACAAGCUAACAUGCGAUUGCAGUCUAGCCUGGCUUCAAAAACUGAGGAACGAAACUCGAAGUAAGCGAGUCAAAAUCGCGCUUACUAGACUCAGUUGCAUCAGUGAUAUAAAACCAAAAUCAAACGGCAGUACUGGCAGUAAAAGUAACAAUUACAAAAGUAAUACGAUGUCUUUAAAAAAUAACAUUGAUAAGAGUUAUGAAGAAACUGAUGGAAAUAUGGAAGACGAUAAUGUUUACGAGGAUACAAUGCAAGACCAAGAAAACGAAUUGAAUGGUAACAAAAUAGAAUAUCGUAGGAAAUUGAUAGAAAUACCUGGCGAGGCGUUACCUUGCCCGAGUCGGUUGAGUUUUGAAGCGUCCUUCUCUCCCCCGACUCAAGACGAAGUUAAGUAUUAUAAAUCAACUGCAAACAAAAAGGUUACUGUUUCGAUAUAUUUAUUGUUGACAGUUUUAAAUAUCUUUCUAUAGUAAAAUAGUGUCCAGCACUAUUUUUAGUUACAUUUAUUUAAAUUAUUGUAUAUAUGAGCUUGUAUGUAACAAUUUUUAA